UUUUAUCCGCGUACAUAACAACCGUCGGUCGAAAAUAAAUCAAUUUGUUUUUAUUGCAAUGAUACAAUAAUACAUUCUUAAAUACUAAACUAAAUCACCUAUAAAUAUACAUCUUAUAGAGUUUUGCAUUAUAUAAAUUUUACUUUGAUCUCUGAGAGUUUUUAUACAAUCAAUUAAUACUGAAGCUAAUUGUUUAAGCUAAUUGAUUUAGAGAAAUGUCGUACAGAGAUUUAAGAAAUUUCACUGAAAUGAUGCGAGCAUUAGGUUAUCCUAGGUUAAUUUCUAUGGAAAACUUUCGCAAGCCCAAUUUUCCACUUGUUGCUGAAAUUCUUCAGUGGUUAGUCCUAAGGUAUGAUCCCAAUUCAGAUAUUCCAAUGGAUGUUGAGUUUGAAAAUGAUAGAGUCUUAUUCAUCAAAUCUGUAGCACAAUUUAUGGCACUCAAAGCACACAUAAAGCUGAAUACAAAACGUUUAUAUGAAGCAGAUGGUUUGGCAGUAAAAGAAAUGAUCAAAAUUACCACAGUGUUGUAUCAGGCUGCAAUGAAAUUAAACAAAUCUGGAGAUGAGGAACAUGGAACAUCUAAAUAUCACCCAGGGAAGUUUGAUUUUAAUUCAAAGCUUUCUGAUUUAAAAUUGGCAAGACAACUUGCUUCAGAGAUAACUGUUAAAGGCUCCAGUUUACAUCAACUUCUUGGAAGAGAAGUAGAACUAAGGGCAAUUCGCAGAAGUUGCAUUGCACAACCAAUGGACUUGAAUGAAAUUGAAAAAAAUGUUACAAAUGUGAUCAAGUCUACUCAGGCUGAGAUUGCUAAAACUCAUUCGCAAUUAGAUAAUAUAUCAUCUGAUGAAGCAAACCUCCAAGCUAAAAUUGAAAAACGGAAAUCAGAGUUGGAAAGAAACCAAAAGCGGCUAAAAAGUCUCGAAAGUGUUCGACCUGCAUUUAUGGAUGAGUAUGAAAACCUUGAAAAAGAUUUGCAAGAGUUAUAUGCUUCAUACAUUGAAAAGUAUCGCAAUUUAGCGUAUUUGGAACGAGUCAACGAAGAUAUGAACAAAUCUGAACAAAAUGAUGAUGGCUCAGAGAACCCGAUUAAUAUGUCCCUUAAAGCUCGUGAAGAAAACGAAAAUCUUAUACGAGGAAAUCUCACAUUGGGUUCUAGUGAUGAAGAUGAAGAAACUCAAGAAACUUCAAAUAAAGAUGAAAAGAAGCAAGUUGUUCCUAAACCAAAAAUGAUUGGUUCAUUAACUGGAGAUCUAGAAACUGAUGACGAAUCAGAAGGAGGCUCUACUGCAACAGAGGAUGAAGAUGAGUUACUAGAGGGGGAGGAAGACGAUGAAGAAGAAGCUAAUGAUCAGGCAAACGAUAGUGACGAUAAUUUUUAAAAAUGUUCAACAAAAGAAUAAAACAAGAUGAUGUAGAAAAUAAAUAAACUAAUAAAUAACUUAGAGUUAAUAAAAAAUAGAAUAAAGUGUAUUAGAAUUUGAAUUAGAAUGUAUAUAUUAAAAUUUUAUUUGGUGUGAAUAAAUGUGUUUAUUUAUUAUAAA